AUGGAAGUCACCACUGGAGACCAUGCAAACCCUCUUCAUUUUAGUAAUGCUCAGUGGCCCUCACAAUUUCUCCCCGAAUCAGAAAUACCAACAGGCACGGAACAUGACGCAUUGCCAACUCCUGCAAAAGCCGCACGGUUUACACGAAAAUGCCUGUGGAUAUCUGGCGCUGUAGUGCUCGUUGUGGCCCUGUUCAUUGGUCUGCUAGUACGGUUCGUUCCUAAAGCGAGAACCAGCACCCAUCGCGAUAUAAUGUCACCCCAAGUGCUCAGCAGCGCGAGUCUUGACGGACAGAUGUUCCUUUUGGCCAGAGGGUCCGACGGACAACUUCGGUACACAACGAGGGAAGAAGGUAUAUGGACCCUCAGGUGGAACACCACCGGCCGACAAGUGCAAAGUCAGCCCGCUAGCAUCGUUUGGGGAACACCCAAGAGAUUGAGCAUAUUUUACGUCCGAAAUGAUAAUAUGGUUAUGACGAACUCGCUACGGAACGGCGCAUGGGGAAACUGGGAGGCACUCGGAGCCAAGGUUAGCAGCCCUGUGGUUCUUUGUCAUGAGGCUUCAAGGGACAUAAUACACAUCUGGGCUCGCGAGAACACGGAUAACAAGCUCAUCAUUCACAACUACUGGGAGCCUAGUCGAGACGCUUGGUAUACUCUAUCGUCCGAUUGGGAGGUAGGCAUAAACUACGAAAUGGCUAAGGGGGCUAGCAGCACACCGGCCGUCGUGUGUCGCAACACUAGUGUGUCUAAUGACGUGGUUCUAUACGACAAGGAUUUCAACUCGGCACUGCACAAGCAAUGGAACACCUCUCGUCACCUAUGGGAGCCCUGGCAGGACCUUGGCGGAUCAUAUGCUGGCGAUCCUGUUUUGGUGUCUCCAUCAGCUGACCGUAUCGACUUCUUCGGCAUAUCCAGGACCAGCAAAGCUUUAACUCAUGUAUCCUGGAACAAGAGUUCAACCUACACUAGCCUCUACGAGUUAGAAGGCGCGUGGGCCAGUGUUCCAUCAGUUACCGCGACGACUACCAGCCGUCUAGACGUCUUCGCUCUUAGUAUCAACGACAUUUUGGGAACUAGUGCACCUCUAGCUACUCUUCUCGACACUCAACCACAACGAAUCAUAGUUCAGGUUCUAGGAGGUGAGGGCGACGUGUUGAGCUCGGGUGGGAAGUGA